UCUUACACUUUAAAUCACGUUCUUAUGUCAUGACGUAUUUGAUAUUAAAGGAAGAUGUUUUAUGCAAUAACUGUGGGUGUCAUAUUUAAGAUUGUCGAUGAAAAAUGAAGAGAAAGGGAAAUGUAAUCUGAAUUUUAUAUAAGAUACAAUACAUAAACAUGUGACAAAGUUUAUAAUAUCAAAUAAUUGCAACUUGAGAGAUAAUUAGAUUGCAAUUUUUAUUUUUAUUCAAUUGAUAAGAUAUCAGUGUAUGAUAUUAAACUUAGAAAACUUUAUAUAUUCAUUUUGCAUUCCCAGCUAACUUUGAAUUCCCUACGAACCUUCCUUAUUCAGAUUCAUCAAUUAAUAUAUUUAAUCUCCCUGAAAACUAAAAAUAAAUUGAGGAAACAUUUUUUUUGUUGUUUACGCGUGAGAAAAGUAUCUUGUCGAUGACCCUCAACAAAAAAGAAAAUAAAAUUGAAACAAUUUUGAAGUGUUACAAAGUUUACUUGAUAAUGAUGAGUGGAUUUGUUUACUAUAGUAUUUUCUUUGUCGAUAACUUGAAAUAACAAAUAACAAAUACCUAGCUCAAAAUAUUAUACGGCGCAUAGUUUCUGUUUUGAAAAUAUGAGGGGAUACAUUACGUGGCUUUAUUAUCAAGCUUUACUGUCAGCACACGAAUAUCUAGUGAAGAGUGAUGAAUUUGCAUUAAAGCAAACAUUUUUAUGAUAACUGCUUACAUAUUUUAAGUGACCGGUGACAUAUACAUCUUCUUUAAUUGAAAAAUUUUCCAUACUGAAUUGCCAAACGAGUCAAAAGUUUAGCAUUGAUAAUGGUGAAUAUCUAUUUAGGUCGAGUACUGAAGCAAUUGCGUUUCAUUUCUUAUUUUUCUGGAAAUUUUCACUUUUAUAAAACGUGUUUCUUAGAUGUGUUCUGUUGUUAAGUGUUUAAAAUAUUCCCAAUUUAAAAAAAUCGAUUUCGCAUAAAAAUUAUUCACUAUUCUGCUCAAAACAGCAUCGCAAUAGAACGCAAUAUCUCCAAAUUUCACUUCUUUAUUAUUAAAGAAGUUUGAUUUUUGAAACAUUACCUAAUUAUAAUGAAAAUAGUCAUUGUCUCUAACCUUCUACAAAUUCGUAAUAUUAGGUAUUUAUUACGUUGAAAAUUCUUUUUAAAAGCUAAACACUAUCACCUUCCACUUACACAUUGACAGAAUCAUGUAAUAUUCAAUGUUUUGGUUCAUGUUCAAUGUUUCACAUUCAUUGUUUACAACGUUAAAAUAUAAAAACAAAACGAAAACUCAAACCUUCAUUUAGUCGUUUGCUGAAAGCAGCAUUAAGAACUUGUUAAGAAAAGAAAAGUAGCAACAAAAAUUUCUAGAAAAAAAGAAGAAGAAAACAUUUAAGAACUGGAAUAAAUACAUAAAAAAAAGAAAAAAGUGACUGAAUUGAGGAAAAAAAAGUGUUGAGUUUUUUCUGAAGAAAGAAACAUUAAAAACAAUUGGUUUUGAAAUAGCAAAAUAAACUUAAAAGUGAAAAUAUUUUGUAUCAUUAAUUUUUGACCUAAAAGAGAAAUCAAAAUGACCAUCGCAGAUUCAUUAAACCAGCUUAAAAUGCAGAUGCAUAUGGAGAGACAAAAUGAAUUUCUCAUGAUUGGACGUUCCACUUCAAUUGAUCACGGAGAAAUGAAUAAACUCUGUCGACAAGUUUCCAUCGAGUCACCUAAUCUCAUGAGUAAGGAUUGUGUUUAUAAUGCCAUUGUACCGGUCGCUGAUUGUCCACCUCAUGGAGCGAGAAUUCUCGUUGUGUAUGCUGGUGCCUGUUAUCGUAAAACUCGUGAUACUUCAUGUACCAGCAUAUCCAGUAUGUCAUCAGAUUUGACUCGAGAACUGUCUGAUAUUUCAAUCACUGCCGCGACACUUCAACAAAUGCAAGCAUCAGGAUCGUUUGGUCGUUUAGAUCAAAUGGGGCAAUCAUCUCCAUCUAAUUGUGGUUUUAGAGACGCUGCAUUGUUUCCUGGAUUCGAAGUUGCUGGUGUAAUUGAAACGCUUGGGUCGGAAGUUGGUGAAGAUUGUGGAUUUAAAGUAGGACAACGUGUGAUUUUAUAUCCAUAUGAGGGACUCCCAGCUGGUUAUUCCGAGCUCUUUGUUGUUCCUGAAUUAAAAUAUCUUGUUCCAAUUCCUGACACACUUGAAUUGAGUAUCGCUGCGAUGCUUCCAACUGGCGCUCUCUUGGCAAUGAGUUCAAUUCUUUCCGCACAUAAAAUUGUUGACAAUUUGAAGGCAAAACGUGGUGAGACUACACCGAUUAAAAUUCUUAUUGUGGGAACUGGUGGACUUGCAUUGUGGGCUGUUCGUAUUGCUGCACAACAUUUCUAUACAAAAGAGUCGAGAGAAAAAAGUAGAAUUGAACUAACCGUUGCCUGUUUGAGAGAUGAAGGCUUGGAAUUGGCAAAAAGUGAAUUCGAGAAAGUGAAUAUCGUUCAGUGGAGUGAAGAUCUGUAUGAGAAACAACUCAUUGAAAGAACUCAAAAUGCUUGUAAAGGUCUUGUAGACAUUGUUAUUGAUUUCGGCACUACAUCACGUAGUUUGCAUAGAUCAUUACAAUGUUUGAAUGAAGGCGGUGUUGUACUGAUUAGCGAUGAAGUUGCUGAAAAACUUCUACCGAAAUUUUCACGAAAGGCUGAAGAAAGAAAGCAACAUAUCGAGCCAGUGCCAACAGGAACAAUCGAACAGUUGUAUGAUCUUGUUAAACUUGUUGCUAACAAAGAUAUUAUACCACCCCCACACUCCGUUUUCCCAUGUGAAGAAGCAGCUGAAGUUAUAAGAAAGCUCGUCAAUUCGGAAAUUCCUGGACGAGCCAUCCUCAAAUUCCACGACAUUGAGUAAAAAGUAUUGACAUUUUGGUUAAAUAAUUUUGGUUUCCUUAUCUUGAAAAACAUAUUAAAACAGAAGUUGUUAUCCCAUCAAUAAUCCAACCAAAUAAAAGAAAGCUUUCAUGUAAGUUGAGGCACUUUGUAGUAAAACAUUCAAUUAGAACAUUGUUUUUCUACACAUCAGCAUUCAAGAAUGCUUUAAAAUUCAUAAAGUUGAAAAAAAACUUUGAAAAAUGUUUUCAUGUCAAAGAAAAAUAUCUUGGAUAGAGAAGUGGAAUGAGAAAAUAUUGAAAACACUUCUCAAGCUCAUUUAAUAUAAUUUUUGGCAAAAGCAAAAACAUAAAAUCGUAAAAUUUAUUAGACAUAUUCUCACCGUUUCUUUAUGUCUGCUAAUUUAAUUUAAGGUAAAUAAAAAGUUAUUUUCUAUUCAUGUGAUAAUUUUUAAGUCAGGAAGAAUGAAGAAAAAUUGAUAAUUUCAUUAUCUAUUUCCUUUUCAUAUGUUCCGAAAGAAUGUUUGAGCUAUUUAAGGAUAAGUUGGAGAAUGAGACCGGAAGAUAGUUUCAUAAUUUGCAAUUAGUUUUAGUAUCCUAGAGAUUAUUAUUAUUGUCACAGUUUUCAUUAAAUGUAACUGUCAUUAGAAUAUGUUCAAAAUAAAAUAAAUAAAAUCGCCCACGGUAAAGAAAAGCGUUAUAAAAU